UCUAAACAUUUGUCCAUCGCUCACUCUGUGAUUGUUACGCGCAAAUCUAAGUCAACUUAUGAAAUACUAGUAUUAGAUCGCGUGUAAUUAUAAAAAGUUAUAUUUUAAUAUUAAAUUGAGAACUUUUAAAGCUAUUGAUACUGGAAUAAUAAAGCUAAAAAUUGUAUAAUAACAUUUUUGAAGUAGUAAUAGUGAAGCAGUGGAAAACCCGUUAAUUUUGAUUCUUGAUAUUUGCAAAUUUUUGACGUUCGUUUAUUAAUAACUAAGAAAUUUAUAAUAAUGGCGACCGCAAUGCCGAAAUGGAAAAUACGAAUGAGACACUUAUUAUUUAAAAAAUAGUGCCCCAAAAACGAUAACUGUGCCAGUGGGAAAAUACCAUAUAUCAGCCAUCAAAGUUCAAAUAAAUGGAACAGAGAAUAGAUCAAAUUUAUGAACAAUAUGCACAGUUUACCUUGUAGGUAAAACUUGUUGAAUGGGACAUCUCCAAUAUAAAAAAAAAACGAAUAACUUAAAGAAUAAAAUGAUGUAAUUGUGCCUACCAGCUGGCCGUUUUGUUGGGAUUAUUGCACCUACCGGCUGCGCCAUUUUGUUGAGAUUAUCGUAUCUACCGACUGGGCCAGCUUUUUGGAGUGAUAUGACGGGGACUCGGUUGAAGCGCUGGGUGCCCGCGCGGGCGUCACUGCAUCUCUCUAUCGUGGGCAUACAAGUCAACAGCUUCAAUAAGAGCACAUCACCCAACUCUACAUGCAAGUUGCUCGUGCAGAGAUCUCAAAAGGAAGAUGGCGUCAAUGGAGUCACUGAGAAGUCUUUCACAAAGUACCUGUUCCCCAUGUACCCCGAGCUGGCGAAGCAGUUCUACAAGUACAUCCACCGGACGGGGAAGUGCAAGAACCAGCACAUUCCGUUAGCCACCUUCAGGGUCCAGUGCGAGAGGAUCCUGGCCAUAUUGGACGACUCCGUCAUACUGGAGACUUACGUCAGAAUGUUCAGCUCGGACUCGGACGAGAACACGGUGACACCUGAAGAUCUCAACAGCCUACUGUACACCAGCUACAAGCUGUCCAUGGACCACUACCCUGAGGGCCCGCAAACCUGUCUCAUGAUCCACAAGACCCUGGGCGCGGUGGUGAGCGGCUGUUUCAACAACAAGGAGAGCCACAGCGUGGGCUUCGUGGUGCGCUGGCUCGAGGAAAACUGUCCCAGGCUCAUAUUCCCUGUUCAUAGGUACUGCGUUCACACGCUGGCGACGCGGCACCGCUCGGUGGAGGAGGCGGCGCUGGCGGGCGCGGCGGGCGGCGGGGGCGCGGGGCUGGAGCUGGCGACGCCGGUGCUGGCGCGCUCGGCGUGGGCGCCCGCGUCGGCGCUGCUGCCGCUGUCGGCCGCCUGGCUGCUGGCCGGCGCCGCGCCGCCGCUCUACAGCCGCCCCAAGCAGCCGCCCGCAGGCGGCGGGCUGGCGAGCGCGGCGUGGCUGGCGCGGCUGGUGUGCGCGGUGCCGGUGCACUGGGUGCCGCUCUACAGCUCCGCCGAGCACGGGCUGGGCGCCAACCGGUUCCUGCACCACACGCUGGGCUACAGAGGUCCCACGAUGGUGAUUCUGUCCGCGGGUCCGUUGGUGGUGGUGGUGGCGGCCCCCCAGGAAUGGCGGGAGACCCACCAGUACUGGGGGGGGCCGGAGUGCGCGCUCAUACAGUUGGCUCCUACGUUCAGCGUGGUGGAGCGCGGCGCCAAGAUGCUGUACCUGAACAGCAGCAUCCGCGGGUACCCGCGCGGGCUGCGCGCCGGCCGCGAGCCGCGCGCGCCGCAGCUGGCGCUGGCCGAGGGCUUCGACGCGCUCAGCUUCCGCGGCGCGCCCUACCAGCUCAGGGAGGUCGAGGUGUGGGGCUGUGGAGACGAGGCGUCGCGUGAAACUCAAAUAGAAAUUAAGAAGUGGCAAGUGAAGGAGGCUGAGAGACAGAGGCAGGUGAAGUUAUCAGCGUCUGAUUGGCUGGAGCACCCCGAUCGGUACCUACUAGAGUUAGCGGGCAGACCUCAAUACAACAACUCCGCUAGCUGAUCCCUGCCGUAGUUACAUAUUAGACUAGCGGCCGGCCACGGCUUCCCCCGUGGUACAUACAUAGCAUAUAACACCCGCAGAUAAUGUACCUUUUUAAUGGUGAAAGAAUUUUCAUAAUCGGUUCAGUAUUUCCGAAGAUUAGCCCUAACAAAUAAACGAUGUUACAAACUUUAACUAUUUUUAAUAAAAAUAUAGCUUUUGAGUGUACCUGGCGCCCUCUAGUGAUGCAACUUAUAAACGCUACGGCUUAUUAUAAAGAAUAAAUAACGUUUUAGACGAUUUGAACAUCUGUAUCGUCGAACAUUACUAGCCUAUGACCGUGGCUCUGUCCGCGUUAAAUUAGGGCUCUUAUUGGUACCACUUAUAAAGUUAUCAAAGUCCUUCGGAAGCAAAGUUUGGAGCAAAAGUUAGUUAAUUUUUUUAAUUGCAUAGGUACAUAUAAGAAGGAAGAUAAAGUUAGCAAGUGGAAAUAUGUAGUCUUUGCCUACCCCUCCGGGAGGGAACAUAAUUAUAUGCAUACAUAUAAACACGUCUUCAUCCCUUAGGUUGACAGAGUCUCAGAGGUUGAAUAGACACGUCGUUUACCAUUGUUAGAACAACAUUAUGUACUUACAUACAUACAAUCACGUUUACCCCUUACGAGGUAGUCAGAGCCAACAGUCUCAAAACUCUAGAAGGCCACGUUCAGCUGUAUGUAUUAUGUACUUAAAAAUAUUAAAUUGUAAAUAGAUCUGCGACGCUACAUAUCAUUUAGGUUUUAUUUUUGGUCAGAUUAAGUUAGUCUAUGUAUUGUAAUCAAAAGCGAAUAAGCUGACGGCAACACGCCAUUUUGUUUACAUUUUUCAUAAUUAAGUAAUUUAUGUAAAAAAAGUUCAGUUUUAUUGCUCAUAAACCUCAUAAUUUUAUUUGUGCUGUAAAAUUAAAGAAAGCCAUACAUCUCGAGUCACUAUUAUAAAAACUAGUUGGUGAUAAAAGACAUUUUAUACCAAUUUUAUUAAUAAAUGGGUAUAAUAUUUAUAUUUUAGUGUCUUAUUUGGCUUACGUAGGUAUGUACUUAGCGAAAAUUAUAACAGUUAUAUGUAUUUUUAUAUGUAAAAGUAAUUGAAAAGGCUAUUUUUACUUAAUAUUGCGAUUAUAAAAUUGAAACUUAAUAAAACGCCGUAAAAAUUAUUUAUCUAUGGGGUUACAAUUUGUACGGAAAAUUACCCCGAAAAUACCUAUAAAAAUCCAAAGAUAAAUGUAAGAGCUUGGGAGUAUGAUUAAUACAAAGAACUCAUUAUGAACCCAAUGUGAGGUUAACGCAAAUUUCAGACUGAAACACUAAAGAUUUCUGUACCCCGUCUCAUUUUAAUUAGCGGCUAUCUCUUUUUAAUUACACUAAUCAGAAAGUUAGCAAACUUUAUUUUACACUUUUUUUUAAAUUAAAAAGGAAAAAUGUUUACUUGAAAAAAUUAUUUAAUUUCUUUGGUAUUUUUUUGAUUGAGUUGGUAUUCCAUUUUUUAAAACUGCUUGCUGUUUAAGUGUUUAAGAUCUUUUUGGUCUAUGAACCAGUCCAUUAAUUCGAAAAUCAAAUAUUUUUUUAAUUUUUAGGUUUAAUUUUAAGGUAGAUUUUUGGUACAUCCACACAUGCCCGACGGAACAUCCAUCCUUUCUAAUAUAUAUAUGAGGGCGGUCUGUAAGCCGGCGGCAAACCGCAUGUGUAAAUGCGCCAUUAAGAGGAUGUAAUUUUUUUGCUUUGAAGCUUUUACACGAGCGAACUGGCUUGUAGAAUAUAGGUGCUAAUGUAAUGUAUAAGGACAGCUUACUCUUGUAUAAUAAUGUUAUAUAAUAAAAAUAAUUAUUUUCAUAA